UCGAUACAAUUGCGCUCGACUUUAUUUUAUGAAGUGUCGACUCGGCGAAAUCGCGUUAGGAAAGUUUAAAGCAACGUUGACGAAAAUUCGAAGUAAUACACAGUUCGAUAAAGUUUGACAGAAUGCCGAAAGCCAAGUACGUUGACGAGGACAGACUUCCUUUCUUCCUGGACGAAAGCGAAGUCAAGAUUGUUGAUCUUCCGUAUAUGUACAUCGAAGGUCCAAUUCAGGGUGCUCAAUUCAAUUCUCCGAUGAUCAAGGGUGUCGCGCACCAUUUAAGGAGAUGGCCGAACGAUCUGUUCUCCUCGUUCAUGACAGCGUGUCUCAUUAUUAGCGGUCUGGUCCUUUUUGCCUUCGUCACGGCAAUACUUUGCUCACCUGCAAUGAGUGAUGAUAAUUGCUGUGAAUAUAGGUUCUUCGAAGACGAGCAUUCAUUCAAUGUCUAUUUCGUGAAGGAAGCUACACAAGUCUGGUCCAAAAAAGAAUUCUGCUAUAUCGAGGCUGCAGCGAGAGAGCAACCCGAUCUGAAUAUACAUUUGAUUAAUUUGAUGCGCACUUCCGAUGCAUUAAAUAUUCCGGAAGCUCAUUUCAAAAUGGCACUAGCCACUCAACACACCAAUAUUCGUAUAGCCGAUUUAUCGAUCGACGAAUUUUUCAGCAAGUCAAAAUUAUUUAACAUUGCGAAAAAUUUGAACAACGGAUUAUUACUGAUGGCAGCAAGAGCAUAUUUACUCUGGAAUUCGCCCGGAGUUGCUAUGCAUCCUAGUGCGUAUUGCAACUUAUCGAGUAUCAAUAAAUUUCGGUAUAAGGGAGAAAAACGAGAUUACACGCCCAACAAAUUAAUCACGAUUGACCCGACAAUCGAUUUGCAAGCAACGGAAGUACAAUGUCAAGCAUUUUUAGGAUUUUUAUUACAGGAAAUAUCGAAAAAUGCAACGCAAAUUUAUAAUUUGAAGGACGCUUUGCGUAAAUAUUGUCCAAGGAUUGAUAAAUGUCCUGAAGUGCAAAUACUUGAUUUAAAAUCACGAUGCUCUAUCAAUAUUCUCGAUUGUCCUACAGUUCAUAUGACUGGAAAUUUUUAGAAAUUUACAAGAGAUAUUUAAAGAGAUUGGUUCUGUGAAGUGCCAUAGAAGAAUUUAAUGUAACUGAUCUGGAAAUUUGUAUUUAGAAAUUGAAAAAGAACUGCGAUAUUGAGAUUUUUAUAAUAAGAUUUUUCACAAAAUUAAUAAGACAAUUUGAAGAAGAAAUAUAUUUUUCUUUAAUUAAGAAAUACCGCCGAAACUGCACCAUUUGUGAAAAAUAUGUAUAUAAUAUAUACGGAAUA